CCAGAAGUGGAGAAUGGAAGAACAAAUGGGGUACAGCCUGCCUACAGACCCAGCGACAUGGUUGUGUUUGAAUGCGACCCUGGUUACACCAUGAACGGCAGCCCUGAGACUCAGUGCCAAGAUGACGGUAGAUGGGAUCCUCCUGUCCCUGUCUGUGAAAGAUUGCUGCAGUGUUCCUUUCCUCCAGCCAUCACCAAUGGGAAGCCCAGCGUCCAGGCCUUGGCAGUGUUCACCACUGGAACGUCUGUAAAUUACAGCUGUGAGCCCGGCUAUUCUCUUAAUGGGCAGGCAUCAAUUUAUUGUGCGGCAUCUGGAACAUGGAGCCCUCCCCCUCCUCAGUGUGAAGAGGUUCUCUGCAUUGCCCCAGAAAUCCAGAAUGGAAGAAAAGUACCUGGACAUAGACCUGUCUACAGACCCAGGGACACGGUUAGGUUUGAAUGUGAUCCUGGCUACACCCUGAACGCCAGCCAUCAGAUUCAGUGCCAAGAUGAUGGAACAUGGGAUCCUCCUGUUCCAGCCUGCACACAGGUACUGAGAGAGUGCAUAAAAACUAAAGACUGA